AUUGUAAAACUGUGAGAAGAAGAGUAGCGUGAACGUGAUUAGCCGCCCGAGAAUGUUUGCAAACAAAAGGAGAACUAACUCUACGGUUAGCACCAUGGCCCUUUUCUGCCAUCUAGUGUUUUGUUUUAUGGCUUGAAUAUCCAUAGUGUAAUAUGGCCGAGUUAAACGGGAGAAUUGGAAAUGAUGAAAUGAAAAAUGACAUUCACUUCAGUGGUGAAAUACCCAUGUCAGGACCUGUCGGUAUCGUUAAUAAGGCUCCUCCCGUACCUUCUUCAGGACCUCCAUUGAACGAACUAAAUUCAGCCAGCUCAGGGUCUCAGGCUUCAAAUAUCACUAUUAACGAUACACGUAAUCCUCUAGGUAUUGAGAAGGAAGGGAGUUGCACCAUUGGAGACAAAGAACAGAACUUAUCAACGGCUACUAGUACUAUAAACGGCGCUGGAGUUGGCGACGAACCUUCUGCUGCUGCAGACAUCAUCCAGAUCAAAAACUAUUGUGAUGUUAUUGCGAAUGGAACUGGAAAUCUGGAAGUGGAGGAGAACAACCAUUCUUCUGAGCAAAGAUGUGAUAAAUCGGAAGGAGAGAAAAUUUAUGAUGAAGAUCUUUCUAAUAAAGUGAAGUUUGUGUUUAAUUUAGAUGGACUGAAGGAGGCUGGUGGAUUACUCUAUAUUGGAUGCAAGGAUGAACUCAGAAAAACCAACCCAUCUAAAAUUGCAGAAUGGUUUACUCCUGAGUUUUUAAACCUUCAUGGAGUGUAUGCUAUCAAGGAGGAAGAACCAUUUCUGUUGCGAGUCUUCACUCGGAAUCAUGAGUCUACGAAUAGAGGCAUCAGAAAGAAAGGAGGUCGUAAGGUGAUGCUAAUGGGACAAGAAGUAUUUGGUGAUGUCCUUUUAGCUUGCGGUCACUGUGGGUACUGGUCACAUGAAGGGAGCAAUGUACGAAGGCACUUGAAGAAGUCGGUAUGUUUAAAGGAGCGAGGGUAUACAAAAGAGGAUCUAGUAGGUCUUGACAGAAUUGAGAGGAGAAGAUUUUUAAGGCGUCUAGCUGCAGCAAAGUGUCGAGCUAAGAAACGAGCUAAAGAUAUAUUUCCAGAGUGUCUUGUAGAAAUACAAGAAAACUGCUGUGGAAGAGAAACCAAUCGGAAUGGAUCAUGUCUUCCACCUGGAGCGCCCAGUGUAACUCUAGUUAGUAGGUUGUCCCAACAAAAAGUGAAGAGGAAGCCACCAAAGCACAAAGCGCUUACCUUGGGUCCUGCUGUAGUACAAGAAGUAGUGCAAAGAGUUCCGUUUGAUAUUUAUACAGUAAAUGAAAAUAAUGAAAGAAUUGCAUGGAAACCUCCUUCAUGUCAUAAGUCUUCCUCAGGAGAUGAACCAUGUCAGAUAGUUUUUAAAGGUGCUAGAAUGAAACGACGUUGCAUGGACUUACCAGUUCCUUUGAUUUUAAUUUAUAGAAAAUUAGAUUGUAAAUUGCAUCAUUGCAACUUCACACUUUUCCAUCCAAAUUCAAGAAAUGCAUUCAAGAAUGAUCCAUCGGCUAAGGCAUCAGUUAAUGUAAAAAUGUAUGGAGAUAUUGUCAUGACUCAAGAAUUUUAUCACUACUUUGUGUCCCUCCUAUCAAUAAUGAAAAUGAAGUCAUCACAGACAGCAAGACACUUGACUAGUGUGUGGGAAACUAUAAUUGCUGAACGAUUAGGCAGACCAUCCAUUCCUGAUGAGUACCGGAAAAUCAUUACUCUUUCCAAGCAGACUGUAAAAUCUCUGUGGUCUAGUAUAGAGGAAGAAGCAGGAAAUAAAGGUGGUGCACGCCUCAUGAAAGGUCCACGAAGAAAAAAGAAACCAUUACCCCCUCCUACUGUUCCUGCUAUGCCCACUCCACCCAACAUUACUGGCAUGAAUCCUCAAGCUUCCAUGGGCGUGGGUAGCUGUAGUGUGGCUAGUGUACAAGUCAAUCAGCCAGGGAUGCAACAUCAUUGUAUGAAGCGUAUCAAUCACAUGCCACCCAAGCCAAUUCCCCCAUCAAAACCACCAAUGAUGGGUGCUCCACCUCACAAUCACAUUCAGCAACCAUCACCACAACUUCCUGUAAAUCAUCCUCAUUGGCUGAGCCAAGGUCCUCAGUAUCCACAUAAUAUGGCACCAUAUCCUAUGGCUCCACCUCCAGCUGCAGAGUAUUAUCCAAUGCCAGGUCAUUUUAUGGCUCAGUACACUCCAGCAACCAUGGAUGUCUUACUUGGAUGGUGUUGUUUGGAAAGAAAAUAUUCCUUCAAAUAUGACAAACGGAGGUCUUUUAGUUUGUUUCUUCAAACUAAUUUCUAUAUAUUUAUGGGCACACUCCUUACUGAUGAAAGGCUCAGUGAAACUAUCAGAAGUGGUAUUUUGCACCAUGCAGUUCUUCAUGGAUGGCUGGAAUGUUAUAGUACUACUGAUUACCAGUUCACUUUAGCAAUGUAGUGGAAAGUGCUCGGUGUUGAUGUUAGGCAGCCUUACUUCGGAAUUCCAUCUAGACAAACGCUGUGCCUGGCUGUGGUAGGACUUGGAGAUCCUUCGAAGCUUGCAAUUUUGAUCCGUUGCGCAAUUUUCCUAAAAGCGUGGCCGGACUGUUCCUACCACAUGUUCAGGUGGACUGAAAAGCAGUUCACCUGCCCUUGUGUUCCUGGACCUCUGUAAAUUUAUGUAAAUAUAGUGCUUUUAAAACUAGAGUCCAGCUUUUAUGUAAAUUCCUCCCUCCUCAGUAAAACUGGCCUUAUGCCUGAGAAGUUUAGUUUUUCAACUUUUUUUUUCUUUGUUCAAACCCCUCGUC